UCUCGCCCUCGGAGGGAGUUCGCCAGCCCCUCCGUUUCACCGGCCCCUGGCAGCGGCGGCAGCACGUUCCGUUUUCCUGCCCCGCGAGCGGUACUUGCAGAGCGGUCGGAGCGUGGGAAAGGAGCGCCGGGGGUGCGUUCGCAACCGUGAAGCCCAGCCCGGCUGAGACACAGAAGUUGAAGAUGCAGAUGAAGAGCUUAUUUUAGGCGUUAUUUUAGGCGCUCUGGACGUCCGGUGUCAGACCGUGAAGGUGUAGCUAUGUACCUUUUUGGCAGUGAGGAUUACGAAGUGGGUUCGGCGGACUCCUACACCAGCCGUCCAUCUGAUUCAGAUGUAUCUCUGGAAGAAGACAGGGAAGCAGUGCGGAGGGAGGCAGAGCGACAGGCCCAGGCACAGCUGGAAAAAGCAAAGACAAAACCUGUUGCGUUUGCAGUGCGGACAAAUGUUGGGUACAGUGCAGCCCACGAUGAUGAUGUUCCAGUCCCAGGCAUGGCCAUCUCAUUUGAAGCUAAAGAUUUUCUUCAUGUUAAAGAAAAAUUUAAUAAUGACUGGUGGAUAGGACGGUUGGUAAAAGAAGGCUGUGAAAUAGGAUUCAUACCAAGCCCAGUCAAACUAGAAAACAUGAGGCUGCAGCAUGAACAAAAGGCAAAACAAGGAAAAUUCUACUCCAGUAAAUCAGGAGGAAACUCUUCAUCCAGUUUGGGUGAUAUCGUUCCUAGUUCCAGAAAAUCGACGCCUCCAUCAUCUGCUAUAGACAUAGAUGCCACUGGCUUAGAUGCAGAAGAAAAUGAUAUUCCAGCAAACCAUCGCUCCCCCAAACCCAGUGCAAACAGUGUAACAUCACCCCACUCCAAAGAGAAAAGAAUGCCCUUCUUUAAGAAGACAGAGCACAUCCCUCCCUAUGAUGUAGUGCCUUCUAUGAGACCAGUAGUUUUAGUGGGGCCUUCUCUGAAGGGAUAUGAGGUAACAGAUAUGAUGCAAAAAGCAUUGUUUGAUUUUUUAAAACAUAGAUUCGAAGGGCGUAUAUCAAUUACACGAGUCACAGCAGACAUCUCGCUUGCCAAACGCUCAGUAUUGAACAACCCCAGUAAGCAUGCGAUAAUAGAGCGAUCUAACACCCGAUCAAGCUUAGCUGAAGUUCAAAGUGAGAUUGAACGGAUUUUUGAAUUAGCAAGGACACUGCAGUUGGUAGUGCUUGAUGCUGAUACCAUUAACCACCCAGCUCAACUGAGCAAAACCUCUCUGGCUCCCAUUAUAGUAUAUGUAAAGAUUUCUUCUCCUAAGGUUUUACAGAGGUUAAUAAAAUCUCGAGGGAAAUCUCAGGCCAAACACCUUAAUGUUCAGAUGGUGGCAGCUGAUAAACUGGCCCAGUGUCCUCCUGAAAUGUUCGAUGUAAUUCUUGAUGAGAACCAGCUUGAAGAUGCUUGUGAGCACCUUGCUGACUACCUGGAAGCCUACUGGAAGGCCACACAUCCACCUAGCAGCAAUCCUCCCAACCAGCUCCUCACUCGCACACUUGCAACAGCCACUCUUCCUAUUAGCCCAGGUCCAAAUAUUAACUUACAGGGCUCGCAAGGAGACCAAAGGAACGACCAUCCAGCCCCUGAGCGCAGCGGUUCACAGAUUGAAGAGGAAGCCCGGGUUGAACCCAUCAAGAAAUCCCAGCAUCGCUCCUCCUCGAGCCAACACCACAACCACCGCAGCGGGGGCAGGGGCCUUCCCAGGCAAGAAACUUUUGACUCGGAAACACAAGACAGCAGAGAUUCGGCUUACGUAGAGCCGAAGGAGGACUACUCACACGAGCACGGCGAGCACUACGAGUCGCACAGGGAUCACAAUCACAGAGACGAGUCCCACGGGAGCAGCGAUCACAGACACAGGGAGUCGAGGCAUCGCUCAAAGGAGAGGGACCGCGAGCAGGACCACAACGAAUGCAACAAACAGCGCAGCCGGCAUAAAUCCAGGGACCAAUACUGCGACAAGGAUGGGGAGCUGAUAUCCAAAAAGCGGAACGACGCAGGAGAAUGGAACCGGGAUGUUUACAUCCGGCAGUAACUUUUGCCUCUGGCGGUCUUGUGUUUCUUUGAAGUCUUGUAACAAUGCCCCUUGAAAAUAUCUUUGGGUUCUUUCAUUGCAGAACAUAUGGUAUCCUCGUGUACGCUGGUUUGUAUUGCUGUUGCUCGCAUAGCAAUAGCAUGAAAUAGAAUACUCAUAUACUUAUUUUUUUGGGUUAGUGCUCUAUGACUUAGCGUAGUACAACCGCAGAGUUCCCCAGGUUGUUGUACUAUGCCAUUUUUCAAGCUGUUUUUUGGUAGCUGCCACUUGAACAAUAUCUGUUGCCAUCGAGGUGUUGUUAGUGUUUUUUAAAAACAAAGGUACGUUUGAUGUUGAAAAACUUCCCGUGUAUUCAGCAAGCCAGAAUCAGCACAUAAAAAAAGAGAUCUAAAACUUUCUGUCUGCUCUGACUUUUAAUUUGUAUGCACUUGGUUUGCAUAUUCAGACCCACUGUCUGUUGCUUGUACCUCUGGUGGUCUCCAUUUGAAGACAGAAUUCAGUCUUGCCUUACACACAGGGGAUCAUGAAGUCAAACCCUAUUUUCUAUGUACUGGUACUGUGUACUGUAUAUACAGUUUAUAAAUGUUAUUUCUGCAGACACCUUCUUACUAUAUAAGUUUGAUCACACUGUUUUAGAGUCCUAAUGCCAAGUCAGCAGAUUUGCUUUUGAAUUACUGGCAACUGGAAGUAGCCUCAUUUAGGAAGUCUGUAACAGUGUUCAAUCUAAAUACCUUUUCUUCUGUAGCAGAAAGCUUAUACUUACUGUAAAUACGAAUGAGUGCUUGAGAUAAAGGGUCGAACUCUUACACUUUAUUGCCGUCCUUGCAAACCCAGUUUUGCGUUUUAAACUUCUGGCAAAGGUAACGACCUCACCACUACAAAUUCUUCUUCUCUGUACAGGUCACAAGAUUGCAAUGGCCGCAGCUGACUUUUUGUUCUGUUGUCAGAAUGAGAGAGCAGCCAGGGCAGAGGUGUGGAUGUGAGCGGGUGGGUGGUGGAUGGGCGUCUGUGUGCUUGUGCACGUGAGUGAGGCAGCAGAGUGUGGCAGAAAACAAAGAUGACUCAGAAGCCCAGCGAGUCUGUUUCCUCCUUCUAUUGAUUCAGAAAUCCAAAUUGCAGUUGGGGAAUACGGGGGGGAGGGGAGUUUACUGACCCAGGUAAUUGACAAAGCAUAAAUCUGCUGGCUCUUUGUUGAGACUUCAGGAGAGUAAAAAACAGGCAAAUGUUACUGUGAGCGUUUCACUGGAAAUGUAAAAUCUGUGUGUCUUAGAGUAUUUGUUUUAGUAAGAAAAGUUUACACAGCUUGUGGAGAGUUAUUUUGUUGGAAAAUAAAUUUUUGUAGCUUCUCCACUUUUUCUACACUUGCCAGUUCCUCUGCAUCCCCACUUUGCAGCCAGCUCACCGCUUCUCCUUCACCUAAACUGUCGCGCUGCUGGUGAGGGCUUAGAAAAAUAAUGACUGUGACAAAAUACUCUUGUUACGAGCUUGUUAGAGGGAAAAAAAAAGCACUGAAAUCCAAGGGAGUGAACACAGCUUGUUUUGCAUUGAAGGCCUGUUGCACUGGUAGGUGGGGAGAAACUCCCUGUUGUUUGUGACUGCAGGUUCUUGCCUGGUGUAAAAGCUGUUCUGCAUCACAGAUAAUCUUGGUAGUAAUUGUAUGAAAUACUUUUUGUAUUUCACUGUAAAUAGCACAAUAUACAAAGCCUGUAGUGGGAUAAUGACUGAUUUAGCUGGAAGAUCUUUAUAUUUAUUAUUUUAAUUCUGGGAAGAUCAGCAUUGCCUGAUUUUUGAAUAUCAUUUUAGUGAAAUGGAUAAGGUAUGUGGCUGCUGCAUGUUUUCUCCCAUCUCCUAUUCCAACAUUCAAAGCGAUUCAGUUCAACUCCUUCAAACGUGAUCUGUCCUCCCUCUCCCUCAUCUGCCCCUCUCCCUGAUGCUUCACAUCCAUUUUUUACGACAACCUAAGAGAGUGAAAUUCUGCUGUCAAAUGUCUGUCCAGCAGGUAACUGUUGUGGCUAUUCAAGGGUAGUGUUUGGCUCAGAGCAUGGACUGUGGGGAACGUGAGGAAAAGGGCGUUUUUCUAAACGUCGCUAAAUGGCUUCUUUGUAGACAAAGGAAGUAUAGGUAAGUAGAUCUGUGGUAUUACUAAAUGGAUAUGUAUAUAAGGACUAGAUCUGUGGUACUACUAAAUGGAUAUAUAUAAGAGUAUAUGAACAGUGGCUUUUGAUACGAGAGGAUUUUCAGGGAAUCGGUGGAAACUGACAUUGAAAGACUUUGUCGCUCAAUUCAUAUCAGAUGGCAUGUAAAUGGAAGAGAAGUGACGUUGUCCUGCUCUAAAUAGCCCAGCUUCAGCUAUUUUACCAGCUUCAGUAACUGCUGUUGCUCCCUACAACUGUAACAUGAGAGCUGCAUCCUCCAAGAAAUGAUCUAUGGAUUCCAAUUCAAUACCAUGCAUUUUUUUUCCUCCCUUUUUUUUUCUUACUAACUUUUGCUCCAGAGAGUAUUUUCCACCUCUCUUAAAAUGUUUUUUAGGCCAUGUUUGGCAGAAUUUCGAAGCACUGAGUAGUGUAUGAAAACCAUGGAGUAGGUAAGCAUGCGUAGACAAAGAAAUGAGAAAAUAAUGAGCAUAACACAAGCCCUGAUAUUUAAGUAUGGCCUACAGAUUGAUUUGUGAAAUACAAAUACCACCAGGAAAAAGGCACGUCCCAGUCCAGCUCGUGAGGAUGGUGUUUGGUAUAGUGCUGCUAACUGUGUACAGACUAUGCUAGCACAUGCAUUUCUUAGGCAGGCUCACUCCUUGGGCUUUUACUAGUCUUGCUAAGGUAGGCCCUUUCCUUCAGUUACUGUUUUAAAGCAGCAAAUCAUUUGUAAUGUUGCACAAAGCCACCUGCCUGCUGAGCACUACUUCGAAAAGCACUUUAACAGAACUAUUUCAAUGAGAAGCUUUAAAGGUACUCCAGCUGGAGGACAUAUCAGAGGUUAUUGUGAUGAAAUGUCUUUGCAAAGUUUUGCCAAUGGAAAGUUUAGUAUUACUGUUUGCAUUAGGAUAUUAGUGAGUUCAUAUUGCUGUGUCUGGUUUCAGGAGCUUGAGUGUGAGGUGUGGUAGAAGUCCCUGUGAGCUCCAGAGGCUUCUUAUAUAGGUGUGGUACAAAACAGCCUGUAAAAUUUCUGUCUGAAUGAGCUAAAAAUAUAAAGCCAGUGAGACAGAAGGAAAGGAGGGAAGAUAAAAUAGUUAAGUGAGCUUUUGCUCUAUAUUUUUCUAAAGAAUUUCAGUCUCUGGAAGGAAUGGGAUGCACUCUGACAUUUACACGGGUACCUGUUCGAUGUUAAACAUCUCUUUGUAUGUCUCUUCAAAUGAAUCCACAUCAGUGCUGUUGGGCAGCCUGAGUCUGUCCUUAUCAGUUUAGUGUCACACAGACUCAUGGAAGAAAGAGUUCUCGAGGAGGGGACUGGAAGGAGGUGAGUGUAACAGUCUCCAGACCCGUUAAGGCCAGGACAGCGGGGAUAAGGAGGCAAACGGGUUUGUGCACAAAGGCGGCACCAGUAGGAGCUGAAAGAAUCUCUUUUCAAAUCGAUUCAUAAAGUAUUGCCCAGGAGUUCUUGUAGAAUACUCCUGAAUUCAUACUGUAGAAUACUCCUGAAUUCAUAUGUGUCUGGCAUCAGGAGCUCAGAAUUUGAGAAGAGUUUCACAGGUUUUGCUUCCCAAGGUAUAAAAUCAAAUAGAGAUUUUCUCCCACAUAUUUCUCCCUAAUUAACAAAGAGCAGUGUUCAGAGCCCCAGUGAGUUUGAGUAGAGGACCUGUGUUUGCAGACAUCUGGAAACUCUUAGCCUGUAGCUCUUUGGAGAAGUGGAGGGCAAUGAAAUGAAAUGCCACUCACCAAACCCUGAAUACAAGCAGAGACCUUUUUCUCUUCUCCCUGCAUAUCGGCUCACUCAUCCUAUACACACAGUUCCUGCCCAGGUCUACUGCUCUCCUCCUUCAUACUUUCUGUCUUUGAAUUUGUAAGUAAUUACCAUUUUUAAGCUGUGUUGGUUUGUAAAGCUGUAGUCUCCUUCUGUGGCACCUGCAGAGGCUCCGUUGUCAUUGCUUCAGCUGGAACACCCCAAGUGGUCCGAUGGCUUUUAACCAGUCUCUGUCCAAAGCAAAAGGGUUUGUGGAAACCACCUCUGGUUUGGUUUGUGGUUGUAUUUGACCCGAUUGCUUUACCACAUCAGGCUGAAAGCUAUUUCCCAAAUGCUUUUGACUCUAAUUCUCCUCCAUCCAUGAAAAUAAAGCACAUUGCAAAAAAACUUGAUUACAUAGUCUAGAGGAAGAACAAAUAAAUUAUUUUUGAGAGUGUAAUAUAACAUUUGUGGUGUACAUUUACUUCUAUUUAUUACUUCAUUGCAGGUCUUUCACAAAAAACUUUAGUUCUUCUAUCACCUGUAAAAUAUGUGGAUGCCAUUUUUAUUGUGAAUGUUUUUUAAUCAAAUGUGAUUCAAUCAAAUCUAUUGCUUGGCAAUUUGUCUAUAAUUUAUUUCUCCACUUUUAUAUAACAAAGUGUUACAUAUGAGCUUAUGGUACUUUUAUAGACAAUUUCUUUUUAUAACUUCCUACCCUAGAGAUGUGUUCCUACGCAGCCCCAAAAAAGAUUUCUAUCAGAUAUAAUAGAGAUUGAGCUGGUUCUUCUCACUCAUCCGUCUUCUCUUUUCUGACUUUAUUCUUACCACUUUCCUCUAUCCUGCUUGCCCACUCUGCAGUGAAUUCUAGCAGUACAAAAUUGGAUUUGUUUGUGGAUUUUUCUUUAGUUGUGAACAAUGAAACAUAACAAAGGUUCUUUAUCAACUACCCACUCCAAUGGAAUUUCUUGUCCAUCACCAUCACCAGCCUAUUUCUUACUAAAACAUUCCCUUCUCCUUAAAAAGUCUAUGAACUGCUGACAUCUAGCAAUUGGUGGAGUCUGUAACACUGAAAUAGGAAAAAGGUGUAUAAUAAUUUCAUACUCUCCUAGGCUGCCUAUUUUAAUACCUUUAUACUGACCAAGAGAACUCUAGAUUUGGCACUAACUCUUCAGCAUUGUUUCUGCAAAUAGAGAAAACUACUUUUCAGACUUUCUUAAAGACAGGAUCUGAUUGCAUGAUCUAUUUUGUAGAGUUAACCUUUCAUUACAGAGACAAUAAAUUCUUUUAAUAUAUAAAUCUGAUAGAAUAUAUAUAAAAAUAUACAUAAUGAAUUGUGCUUCAGCACCAAACUCUGAAGCAUAAUGACUCAGUGUGUAAAACGUUCUUAUAAGGAACAUAAUCCUAUUAUAUAUUAAAAGUGAAUAUAUAUAUAUAUACACACACCAUACAUCAAAAUUCUUACAAUGAGAAAGUAUUCCUGUGUUUCUAUUUAAAGUCACAGUGAGACUGGAGAAGAAAAGAAAGAAAAAGAAGGGCAUCCAUCCAACUUUAGUCAUCUAAGUCAUUACCUGAGGCUUAUUCCCUUAAUAUGCUCAGGGAUCUUUUAAGUCCAGCAAUUGACUUUUGCCAUAAUAACUCCAGGAGUUAAUGUUCAGAUAUCAGUGAUUUUUCUUCAAGUGAAGUCUGGUCUACAAUUACAUUGGAAUGAAAUACAAGUGAGUUACUUCUUCCUUCCCUCUUGACAAACUUAUCAUAUAAAAUCAGGUGAGACUGCCUUCUUGAAAAGCCUGUUUAGCAUUCUAAACUAAAGAAAUCUGGGAAGGUCUCAACAAAUCUUCCACUAAAAAUUGAGCUAUUCUUUCCAAAUCAUCGUUGUCCAAAUCCUGCUACUGAAACUAGAGGCAAAGUUCCUUAUUUGAUAUGUACACACAGCUUUCAGGAUAUAGUGUUUGUGUGCUGAUUAACACUUACACAAUUUAUACGUUCUGCAAAAGGAAAAGGAUUUAUUUACUAGCACUGAGUGAAAGGUUUCAAAGUGUACUUACGAGAAAGAAACUAAUCCCUUUUGUUACCAAGUAAUUAUUUUAGCCAUAUUUACUUCUAAAAGACUGUAACUUCUUAUAGUAUGAGCUUGCAUGAUUCUAAAUAGGAUACCUCACCUACUACUGCUGAAAGAAAAGGACUUUAAAUCUUCUUUAGACAUGUGGCUAAUGGCAAGGAGUGACCAACACGAGCAUACAAGUAGUAGACAUGAAUUCCAUCCUUCUGUGCCAGGAUAGGCCUUACAGAGGAUGUACCAGUCAACCUUGGCAGAACAGAGGAAAUGACAUUUAAGUUACAAACUGUAGAAAACACACAGUAUCAAAACAUUUAUAGCAGAUAUCAGUAAACAACCAGACUACUGACAAAUGGAAUUGUAUCAAUUGCUUUGGUGGUGAGCAAUUGCAAAAGCACUCCUGACAGCAUGAAGACAAGGUGUAAGAGAAGUAUUGCUCUGUUUAAUCCAAGCCAAGAGUUAUGUGUGAAAAAGGCCUUUUCCAUAUACUACUUUUGAAAACUGGAAAUUGAUGAGAGAGAAAAAAAAACCCCACACAUAAGAUGUGAGUUUAUGUUUUUGAGUUGUACUUACCUUUUCCCUCUAAUUGUAGUGCUAUUCUCAGUUCCAGCAGUACUGAGGAAAGAGGGUACAGUUCAGAAAGGGAACACCUCUGGAACUGAAGCAGAACUUUCAAGUAAAUCUACCACCUUUAAGGAAGUAUUAAAACUUUAGGCAGUGCAUUAAGGCAGUCCUCAUUAGCAUGCUUCCCCAUUUUCAGUUUCCAUUUAGCUGGUGAUGCUUUCUAACCAAUAAAGAACUAAUACUCCUCGUUGUUUGAAAGGUGAUUUGCGACAUUUCAGAUGGUCUUACUCAUUGUUUUCUGUCUUUUUGAUAUAUUAAUCACAACUGUAGCCCCUUCUGUUGCAAAUGUUUGAUUUUAAAACUGUCACUUGUCAGCCAGUCCAACAGGCUAUUUCAGAACCAAUACAGUUUAUGCAUGGGGAGUUUGAUGUUGAAACAGUAUUUAUUUACAUUCCCAGAGUGAGAUGGUUUAAUAUAUUCAUGCUGCUAUAAAACACAUGCUAUACAAAGCCUAAUCGUAUUUUUGUGUAUAUACUAUGUGUACAGAGAAUCUUGCUUGUAUUAAAAUAAAAGAGAA